CAUGGAGGAACCUUCAAUACUUAUUACGAGUGAAAGAAGCCAGUGAAAGGGCUGCAUAUUGUAUAAUUCUAACUAUAUGAGAUUCCAGAAGAUACAAAACCAUGGAGCAUUGAAAAGGUCCCGUUUCAUCCUCCACUUUGUAAUCUCGGCAGCCAUCCUCACCACACGCCUCCUGUUCAGUCUCCUCUGGCUCUCCUGGAGGCUUGGCUUCCUGAGGGGAUUCCCUGCUGGUCCGCGGACUGACCUGUGGCGGCCAGAGGGGCUGACAUCCCUGAACCGAACUCGAUCAUCUCGUAGGGUCACUGCCCACCUACCCAGACUCGUCUCAGCCCGCAGUCUGAAUUUUCUUUCGGUUUCGUCGGACAUUCCUGGCCGUCCCCUCCGUCGACUCUGGGUUAGGCACGAGGCUAAGGAGUACGGCUUUGGGGAUUUCCCUGCGGCGGGAGGCAGACGCGGCGCGGGCUCGGAAAUACUGACCAGAGGUCGGUUCGGGACAGCGCGAGCGCCGGGCGGAAAGCCGCCGCCGCCGCCUCGCGCCCGCUCCCCAGCCGAGACAGCUCCGACCGCCCCCGCAGUCAACAUGAGGCGGGCGGGAGAAGGAAGCGAAAGCCAUCCGUAAAUUAGCUGGACGCCACACUCCCCGAUCUUGAGUCAGGGAGAGGCGGCCCUACACCUAAACUCCCCCGAUCCCGGAGAUGAGACGGGCCUGGGGACCCCCAUUCCUCGCGCUCCUAUUUCUGCUUGAGCUGCUGACUCUGCCAGGAGACGGCAACGAGGGCAGCGUCACUGGAAGCUGUCUCUGUGGUACUAGAAUUUCUUCUAACCUCCCACCAUCGUUGCAAACCAUGGAUCAUUUCCGAAAACACCUGAAAGCCUACAGUCACUGUGGAUUGUACAUCAGGUUCCAACUACCUUUGCGGAAUGUAUGUGGGCGCAUCCAAGACCCAUGGGUUCGUGAACUGGUGGGCUGCUUUGAUCGCAGAGAGUGCGGACCUGAACAUGGGGGGAAUGUGGUCAACCAGGAGCAUUUACCUUUCCCCAGCACUCCAAUUCCUGAGCCCGCAGGGGGAACACCGCCAGACAUGAACACUGCUACCCAGAUGUACCUGCCAUCCAUUCAGCAGUCUACCCAGCAGUUCAAGCUUCCAUCAGGAGCACUGCCUUUGGACAAAGAGCUCACCCACCUAAAUGAAACCACCACUUUCACUGUGGGUUAUGGCCUGGGAACUGAGUUUAAGGUUAAGGAGAACCAGAGACUGAAGGAAGAAAUAGCAGGCACUGCAACUGAGGAAUCAGCCAUGGUGCCAGUGCUGUCCCUCCUGGUCAUUGUCUUCAUUCUCACUGGAGUCCUUCUCUAUUUGUUGUGCAAAAGGAGGCGGGAGCAGUCUCUCCAGGGCUCUUCAGAUCGGCAACUCCAUUAUACACUUGUGACUCCAGUCUCUAAUGCCUGCACCAAGAAAUGAAGUUGAUGAAGAUAAAAUUGAUUUAUUUUUAUACUUCAUGUAACUAAUCCAACUUCUGACACACAUAAGGUACAAUAUUCAAUAUUUAACAUGUGACUAACCAAUCACUACACUUUCUUAGCCCCCCAUUCCUGUACUGGAGACUGAACCCAGGGCUUCACACAUGCUAGGCAAGUGCUCUACCACUGUGCUACAUCCCCAGCACUUUUUAUUUUUGAGUCAGGGCCUCUGUAAAUUGGCUGGCCUCAAACUUGGAUUCAC